AUGGAAUCAACCCAGCAGGUCACCGCGCCAGCUCCUGAACUGUUGGAUCUCAAAAAUCCAGCAUUGCUAGUGACAUCAGGAUUGAUCAACGGUCAAGAAAUAAAGGGGGCUGAAGGCAAGACAUUCCCUGUGAUAGAGCCAUCAAGUGCAACAGUGCUUGCCCAUUGUGCAGACCUGUCAAAGGAAAAUAUCAUAGCGGCCAUCGAGGCCGCCGAUAAAGGAUAUGUCACGUACUAUGAGACUACCACCGCAAGGGAACGAGGGCUAUUCUUGAAAAAGUUCUACCACCUAAUGCUUGACAAUGCAGACGACUUGGCCAGAAUCCUUUCCCUAGAGAACGGGAAGACAAUCGCCGAGGCAAGAGGAGAAAUCAACUAUGCUGCCUCGUUCGUUUCCUGGUUUGCCGAAGAAGCGACUCGCGCAUACGGAGACACCAUCCCUUCAUCUUACGCGUACACAGAGGUUUUCACCUUGAAAGAACCGGUGGGAGUCGCACUUGCCUUGGGCAAACUGGCUAUAGCUGCGGGUAUUCCAGCUGACUGCAUCCACAUUGUUCCCACGAGCGACCGGCAAGCAGCCUCGGAGUUAGCAGCAAAUGCCAAAGUCAAGAAACUCAGCUUCACUGGCUCGACUCGGGUUGGUAAAACACUGACGACGCUAGCCGCUCAAACAAUGAAACGGGUCAGCAUGGAACUCGGAGGCAAUGCUCCGUUCAUUGUACUUGAAGAUGCGAAUCUGGACCAAGCAGUUGCGGGAGUAAUGGUCUGCAAAUUUCGUUCGUCGGGCCAGACUUGCGUGUGCGCAAACCGCAUCCUUGUCCACGAAAAUGUACAGGAAGCGUUUAUCGCAAAGCUUAUCCAGAAGGUUCGAACCCUCAAGCUUGGAAGAGGUAUAGACAUCGACACUACACAAGGACCCUUAGUCAACGCCGCCGCUGUCAAGAAAGUCGCGGAGCAUGUUCAGGAUGCAAUUUCCAAAGGGGCAAUUUUGCACACUGGGGGCAAGUCACCAAGUAACUUGUCGGGGUUCUUUUAUGAGCCGACGGUCAUCAGUGGCGUAACGCCUGACAUGACUGUCGCUUAUGAGGAGACUUUUGGGCCGCUAGCGGCUAUCUUCAGCUUCAAGAGUGAACAGGAGGCAGUGGACUUGGCCAAUGCUACUGAAUUCGGUCUAGCUGGAUACUUCUUUAGUGAGAAUGUUGGGCGUGUUAUGAGAGUGGCGCGCCGACUUGAGUGUGGUAUGGUUGGCGUGAAUACAGGACUUAUCAGCGCUGCAGAGUCGCCUUUCGGCGGCAUCAAAGAGAGUGGAUUGGGGAGAGAAGGCAGCAAGUAUGGCUUGCAAGAGUACCAGAACAUUAAGAGUGUCACUCUUGGCAAUUUGCAAGCUUGA